AUGGCUUUCUUCAGCUCGAGUAAAUCUUGGUCUUUUUUCUGUUGUGUACUUGUUAACAGAUACAGAGAGUGCAAAUAGAAUAAACAAACUUUUUGAAUUGUUUAAAACGAAAAAUACAUGAAAAUUUGUUUUACGUUAUGCUAUUUUCAUUCAUCGAUUGUGGGAUUACUUUUCUCGAGUUUCAAUUUGGUUUAUACAAUCUGUUUUAUUUUGUAAGAAAGCAAUUGCUAUUAUUUACUAUUAUCGCUACAAAGUUUUACUUAUUCCAUUAUGUUUACUUCCGUUGCAUGUAGGAACUAUGAAGUGGAUUUGUGUACAUAAUUUGACUGCGAAAAAAAACUAAUCUCACAUUGUGCCGGAUAACCUCACCUUUAACCUAAAUUUAACCUAAUUAUUAAAAAAAUUGAGAUGGCUGAGCGACUAGAGGAUCUGAACUUGCCUAAUGCCGUCGUGACCAGGAUCAUCAAGGAAGCUUUGCCAGAUGGAAUAACGAUUGGAAAAGAUGCUAGAAUAGCGGUGGCGAAGGCUGCAUCAAUUUUUAUUCUCUAUCUGACAUCCUCCGCUAAUGUAAUAGCAAAGAAGGGCAAUCGCAAGACGAUCAGUGGACCAGAUGUGAUUCAGGCAAUGGUGGACAUUGAGUUUGAUCAGUUUGUAGAUACGCUUCAGGAAUCGCUGGAGAACUUCAGGAAAGUACAAAAGGAGAAAAAGGAUGCGACAUCGAAGAAGAAACAACAAAAGAAGGAUGAAGAUGAUAUGAAUUGCGAGGAGGAACCAGUAGCGAAGGAAAUUGCAGUUUUCUAAGACUUUAUUUUCGUAUAUUGUUCUAAAGCAAGCAUAUUAAGAAUAAUAAGAUAAGAUAUUUAUAAAAUAUGAAACGCUACAUAUGUGAGUAAUAAAAAUGUGCUUUGAGCAAAAUA